AUGGGCCAAUUAUUUCGUAUUUUUGCUACUUCAUUUCUCACCCAAUCGUAUAAAAAUGGAAAAUAUGCGAAUCCCGCCGUCAUUGCUCAUUUUCUUGUGCUGCAAAAUUUUUUGAAGAUGCUACGCGGUAGUUUGUUGAUUUUCUUGGUGUUGUGCUUCCUGGAAGCCACUUCGACCUUUAAGAUUCCGUCCUACAUAAAACCGUGCUCGAGAAGUGCCCCCGAUUUCGAACAGUGUUGCCUGACCAACGGCCGUGCGGCGUUGCCGUUCAUCCUGAAAGGCGACAAGAAAUGGGGGAUUCCAAGGAUGCUGCCGUUGGGGAUCCCGAGGAUCAAUGUCAACGCCGGGAACAACUUCAACAUACUGCUCACUGACGUGCUUGUUUACGGCCUGGACUCGGCCGAUUUGAAGCAAGUAAAAAUCGACACGAAGAAUAAGAAAAUAAUGCUGAAAGUGAACAUACCGUCGUUGGAGUUGAAGGGCAAUUACAUUAUCGACGGGAAAAUUAUGGUGUUGCCUAUAAAAGGAAACGGAACCAUUGAGAUUUCAGCUAAGGGAGGAAAAUACUCGUACAACAUGGAAUACGGACUGCAAAACAUCAAAGGGGAGGAAUACUUGUUGCUAACGGACAAAGAUAAAUUGGACUUCAAAUUGGAUGGUCUUCGAUUUAAAUUAAACAAUCUCUUCGAUGGUGAUCAGAAAUUAGGUGAUCAAAUGAACAACUUCUUGAACGAAAAUUGGGAGGAGGUUUUGAACGAAUUCGGGCUGCCUAUCAGCGAGACCGUCCGAUCGAUAGGGAGAUCAAUAGCUUCGGCCUAUUUCAGAAAAUCCCCGUACAAUGAAUUGAUUUUAGAAUGA